GUGAACGCAGCACAGGGAUCAACCUGGUGGAACAGAAAACACCAGAAGCAACAAGUUGACGCAACAAUGUUUCUUUUCGCGUUCCACGCGCGCAGUCACGUGGUCGCUUCAUCGAUCCAGUCGAUGCGGGGGGGCAACUUUUAAUCAGGGGGGAGGGGGCGGGGCGUGAUUAGUCGACGUUGUUUGUUUGUUUGUUUGUUGGUUGAAGCGGACUUCCAGUCGGAUGGACGUGCGUGAGACGGGUUCCCCGAGGAGACAGACAGGUUGAGGGUCCAUGGAGGAGCUGGACUUCCGGCUCGUGUUCGAGGAGGACGCACGCGGCGCAGGUCCAGAUCUCAACGCCUCCUCCGCUCAGGCUCUGGUGGAACAGCUGGUCAGCCAGGAGCUACAGAACCUCCCCUACCACCAUAUUGACUCCCAGUCUCAGGGGCCUCAGUACGGCGCCCAGGGGAACCCCAGAACUUUUGACUGCCCGAGUAUCCAGAUCACCUCCAUCGCGCCGAACAAUCAUGUGGAGCCGGGCGGUAACCAAGGAGCUUUGGCGCUGGGAGGGGCGGAGGGGGGUUACCCCGAGGCGUCCUGGUCCAGAGGCCAGCUCUACCUGCCCCUGGACCCCUGUUACCGGGACCCGGCGCUCUGCCCGAGCCCCUGCAGCAGCCUGUCCUCCAGGAGCUGGAUGUCCGACCUCUCCUCCUGCGAGUCCUUCUCCCAACUCUACGACGACGUGGAGGCGGAGCUGCGCGACGCCGCCCGCCUCGCCCUGGGGUCCCCCCUCGCCCGGGUGUCCCCGAUCGGGUCUCCUCUGGGGUCCCCGGGCUGCGGGGGCGGGGCCUUCGGGGUGGAGCUGUGGCAACAAAAAUACCAACAUCCUUUAGCCUUCAGUCCGGCGCUGUCGCCCCAUCAGUCGCCCCGCCAGUCGCCCUGCCACUCCCCCCGCACCAGCGUCACCGAGGAGAGCUGGCUGAACCGCCGGCCCCCCUCCAGGCCGUCAUCCAGGCCGACAUCCCCCUGCGGGAAGAGACGGCACUCCGGGGCCGACCCCCACGCCCGCUCGCCGUCCCCGCACCGCUCGCCCAGCCCCACGCCGGGCGCCUCUCCAUUCGGCAGCUUGACGGACGACGCCUGGGUGGGAAGCCCCGCCGGCGCCCCGGGGCCCCUCCUGAUGUCCAGCUGCCAGGAGCUGGACGUCCCCUCCAAGACCAGGAGGACGUCGGGGACCCAGCUGGGCUUCCUGGUCGGUCAAGGAGACCCGGGGCUGGAGCCCUUCCUGGACUCUCCCGGCGAGGAGAGCCGUGAGCAGGACGGCCUGGCAGACCUCUUCUUUCAGGUGCCCUCCCACUUCAGCUGGAGCAAACCCAAACCGGGGAACCCUCCUCUGUUCAGGACCUCGUCGCCCCCUCCUCUGGACUGGCCUCUGCCCAACCAGUAUGACCAGUGUGAGCUGGAGGUGGAGGUACAGCCCAGGUCGUACCACCGGGCGCACUACGAGACGGAGGGCAGCCGAGGGGCCCUGAAGGCGGCGGGUGCCGGGCAUCCUUUUGUCAGACUGACCGGCUCCGCCAAGCGGCCGCUCAGCCUGCUGCUGUUCAUCGGCACCGCGGACGACCGCUACCUCCGGCCUCACUCCUUCUACCAGGUCCACCGCGUGACGGGGAAGACGGUCACCACCACUUGCCACGAGAAGAUCACGGGCGGCACCAAAAUCCUGGAGAUCCCUCUGCUUCCAGAAAACAACAUGUCCGCCAGCAUCGACUGCGCCGGCAUCCUGAAGCUGCGGAACGCCGACAUCGAGCUGAAGAAAGGGGAGAUGGACAUCGGGAGGAAGAACACGAGGGUGUGCGUGGUGUUCCGCGUCGCCGUCCCUCAGCCCGACGGCCGGAUGCUGUGGCUGCAGACCACGUCCAAUCCGGUGGAGUGCUCCCAGCGCUCGGCCCAGGAGCUUCCUCUGGUGGAGAGCUUCAGUCCAGCCAGCUGCUCCGUGGACGGAGGAGAGGAGCUGCUCAUCACCGGCUCCAACAUCUCCACCCAGUCCAGGGUGGUUUUCAUGGAGAAGGGCUCUGAUGGAAGGUCUCUGUGGGAGAUGGACGCCAGAGUGGUGUCAGAGAAGAGCAGCUCGACCCGCAUCCUGGUGGAGGUUCCUCCGUACAACAGAAAGACCACCGAACCGGUCCAGGUCCAGUUCUACGUCUCCAACGGGAAGAGGAGGAGGAGUCUGGCGCAGACCGUGACCUUCCUGCCCGGAGUCGGGCGGCGCCCUCCCUCGGUCAAACAGGAGCGCUGGGAAACGGACCACAAUGCAUCUGGCUUCUCCUGGCACCGAGCGCUCGGCCCAGACAUGGUUUAUUACGACUCCCAUGACGCCCUGGUGCAUUGUGGUCCUCCUUCACACAGCACGCCUCGUCUCCAUAACCCCCCUCCGUCCUCUGUCCCCUUUCAGACCUUCACCGCCCCCCAUCAGAUCCUCACGCUGCCCCCCGAGGCCUCCUCAGUCCCCCUCCAGAGCUUGGUUCCUCGUCAGACCUUCACCGUCCCUCCUCAGAUCCCCACGCUGCCCCCCAAGGCCUCCUCAGUCCCCCUCCAGAGCUUGGUUCCUCGUCAGACCUUCACCGUCCCCCCUCAGAUCCCCAUGCUGACCCCCCAGGCCUCCUCAGUGCCCCUCCAGAGCUUGGUUCCUCGUCAGACCUUCACCGUCCCCCCUCAGAUCCCCACGCUGACCCCCCAGGCCUCCUCAGUUCCCCUCCAGAGCUUGGUUCCUCGUCAGAACUUCACCGUCCCCCCUCAGAUCCCCACGCUGCCUCUCCAGGCCUCCUCAGUCCCCCUCCAGAGCUUGGUUCCUCGUCAGACCUUCACCGUCCCCCCUCAGAUCCCCACGCUGACCCCCCAGGCCUCCUCAGUCCCCCUCCAGAGCUUGGUUCCUCGUCAGACCUUCACCAUCCCUCCUCAGAUCCCCACGCUGCCUCUCCAGGCCUCCUCAGUUCCCCUCCAGAGCUUGGUUCCUCGUCAGACCUUCACCGUCCCCCCUCAGAUCCCCACGCUGCCUCUCCAGGCCUCCUCAGUCCCCCUCCAGAGCUUGGUUCCUCGUCAGACCUUCACCAUCCCUCCUCAGACCUCCAUGCUGCCUCUCCAGGCCUCCUUCGUGGCCCUCCAGACCUUCACCGCCCCCCCUCCCACCUCCUCUGGUGCACCUCGGCAGGGAAGCUCCUCCCUCCUGAGCUCCAGAAGAGCUUUUGAGACCCCCGCUGACCCCCAGACGGACUCUCAGCCCUCCGGACCGGCGCCGAGCGUCAAGCGGGAGCCGGACGACGGUCCACAUCGGGACCUCCAGGAGAUCACGCUGGACGACGUGAGCGAGAUAAUUGGCAGAGACAUCGGCGGCGUCCGGCUGGACCAGUUGGACCAGUUGGACCAGUUGGACCAGUUGGACCAGUUCCAGUUCGGCUGGGAGCACGAGGCUCAGUAGCGACCCAACGUGCACCGAACUGAUCCUCAAGUGCCUGAAGAGAACCAAUCAGAAGCCUCCGACUGAAGCCCCUCCCCCACAGGGCACCGUUUCCUCGACUGCCUCAGAAAUUAUUAACGGGACUCGAAACCAAAGACGCUGUUUUUGUUUUUUUAUCUUUUUACGUUGAUAGAAUUGUAAAAAACAACAACAACAACAAAAGGGCUGAAUGUCAACUUUUACGUAAUCGGAACAAUCGACGACGUCGUUGUCAGAGGCUGAAAAUAAAAUCAAUAUUUAUUGGCCUGUUGA